AUGUUACAAGUCAUGUUGUCGAAUUCAACAUCAUUAAAUACGAUUGCUUGGCUUAACAGUAUGAAUGUACAAUUGAAUCGCUAUCUUCCAUUGCCAUUUCUCGUACUCGGUACGAUUGGUGUAAUUUUAAAUAUUAUUAUAUUCACUCGUCGAAGUCUUGUCAUCAAUUCAUGUAUACAUUAUCUUUUGGCAAAUACAAUAGCCAACUUUAUUGUACUCUAUUGGGUUGUUAUUACACGAAUCAUAUCCGAUGGCUAUAAAAUCGAUCCUAGUAUUACAUCGGAUGUAUUUUGUAAAAUGAAAUAUUUUCUUACCUAUGUUUCACGAACACUCUCAACAUGGUUCCUCUUAUUGGCCUGUAUUGAUCGGUGGGCAUCGAGUCCAGCUUUGAUGAUGUUGGCCUUUGGUUUAGCUACACUUCGCAAUCUUCGACAAACUCAUCGACAAGUUUUGUCAAAUGGUACACAAACUACUAAAAGUACUGCACGACGUGACCAUCAAUUGUUUGCAAUGCUUAUCAUGCAAGUGGCUUUGAUCAUUGUCUUCACUGCUCCAUUUGCUGGUCAAAAAUUAUAUGACACAUUUAUGCUGAAUGUGAAAAAAUCUUCCCUAGAAAUUGCGCAGGACAAUUUAUAUGCAGGAAUUGUACGUAUCUUAUCAUAUGAUUUUGCUGUCGCACUGACUGAUGACAACUCGGUGACUUUACAUUUGGCAAAUAAAACUGGAAGUUUCAUUGUUCGGCAAGGUUUCCGUGUUGGAGCAAAUCCAUUUGCGAUGGUUUCUGGCAAAUUCAAUGGUGACAACUAUGCUGAUCUUGCAGUUGCUAACUUUGACAGUGACACAGUGAGUAUUCUUCUUGGAACAGUUAAUGGAACUUUUGAAAAUGCAACAAACUAUGCUGUUGGAGAUGCUCCAGCGUCAAUCGCUGCUGGCUACUUCGACGGUGACUCUUACAUCGAUCUUAUUGUUGCCAACUUCAACAAUCAUACUAUGAGCGUCCUUUUGGGAAAGGGUAAUGGGAGUUUUGCAACAGCAAAUACAUUUCUGGCAGGUGUUCCUCAACCACGCUCAAUUGCUGUUGCUGAUAUGAAUAUAGAUGGUAUACCUGAUGUUGUAGUCGGCUAUGUCAACUAUGGAAGUAGUAAAGUUGGUGUACUCAUUGAAGAAUAUUAUUUAGAACAUCAUUAA